GAUAGGAGUGUUUUCAAAUACGAAAAGCCUCUCUUAAAAUAGUCCGCAGUUGAAAAGAGUAGGCUUGAGUCUUACAAAUGACCGCUAAGUGUAUUUCUGUGUUUCGAUCAUAAACUGAAAAGUAACGAGAUUCUCGACACAAUGGCAAGCUCGUCGUCGAAGCUACGCACGAACGGCCCUUUUACCACUACAAAAGAAAUAACUUAGGAAAUCUAAAACAUGAGAUUUGAUAUCGUAUUGAACGAAAACUUUACUUUGGACUUCCGAGAGCUAUCCACAUCAAUGUAUCUAACAGACGGGUUCAUAAACCGAUCACUCGAAAUCAACGUGUCAACAAAUGAUUUUGUGUAUACAAAUCAGUUCAAAGAUGAGCCUAUUUUCGUAGUUAUUGCAAUCCUAAAGUGUGUUAUUAUGCUUUUUAUCAUAACAGCGGCAAUAUUUGGCAAUCUUCUUGUAAUUGUGUCAGUAAUGAGGCAUAGAAAGCUGCGAGUAAUAACGAACUAUUUUGUCGUUUCCCUCGCUUUGGCGGAUAUGCUUGUAGCUAUAUGGGCCAUGUGUUUUAACUUCAGCGUUGAAAUAACAAAUGGCGAAUGGCUCUUUGGAUACUUCAUGUGUGAUGUUUGGAACUCUUUGGAUGUAUACUUCUCUUCGGCGUCCAUUUUGCAUCUAUGCUGUAUCAGCGUGGACAGAUAUUACGCAAUAGUUCAACCAUUGGAUUACCCAUUGAUUAUGACAACUGGUCGACUUGGAGUAAUGCUGGCUGUUGUCUGGUCCUGCCCAGCACUGGUGUCCUUCCUGCCAAUAUUUAUGGGCUGGUAUUCCACUGUGGAGCAUUUGGAUUUCCGGAAGAAGCAUCCAAAAGUGUGCAGUUUUACUGUGAAUAAAAUCUAUGCAGUGAUUUCGAGUAGUGUAAGCUUUUGGAUUCCUGGAGUGAUAAUGCUGUUUAUGUACUACAGGAUAUAUGUGGAAGCGGACAGACAGGAGAGAAUGUUAUACAGGUAA